AGGCCGAGCCGCCGGCGCCGCCGCUGCUGCUGCUGCUGCUGCUGCUGCGGAGAAGCGAAGAGAAGCGGAGCGGAGCCCGGGCGCGCGCGCGGCGGCGGCGCAGCGGGACAAGAUGGCGGACGGCGAGCUGAACGUGGACAGCCUCAUCACGCGCCUGCUCGAGGUACGGGGAUGCCGACCGGGGAAGAUCGUGCAGAUGACAGAAGCAGAGGUCCGGGGCUUAUGUAUCAAGUCCCGGGAGAUCUUUCUCAGCCAGCCUAUUCUUUUGGAAUUGGAAGCACCGCUGAAAAUUUGUGGAGAUAUUCAUGGACAGUAUACAGAUUUACUGCGAUUGUUUGAAUAUGGAGGCUUCCCACCAGAAGCCAACUAUCUUUUCCUAGGAGACUAUGUGGACAGAGGAAAGCAGUCUUUGGAAACCAUCUGUUUGCUAUUGGCUUAUAAAAUCAAAUACCCAGAGAAUUUCUUCCUUUUAAGAGGAAACCAUGAGUGUGCUAGCAUUAAUCGUAUAUAUGGCUUCUAUGAUGAAUGCAAACGAAGAUUUAAUAUUAAAUUGUGGAAGACCUUCACUGACUGUUUCAACUGUCUGCCUAUAGCUGCCAUUGUGGACGAGAAGAUCUUCUGUUGUCAUGGAGGACUGUCACCAGACCUGCAGUCUAUGGAACAGAUCCGGAGAAUUAUGAGACCCACUGAUGUCCCAGAUACAGGUUUGCUCUGUGAUUUACUGUGGUCCGAUCCUGAUAAGGAUGUACAGGGCUGGGGAGAAAAUGACCGUGGAGUUUCUUUUACUUUUGGAGCUGAUGUAGUCAGUAAAUUUCUGAAUCGUCAUGAUUUAGACUUGAUUUGUAGAGCUCAUCAGGUGGUGGAAGAUGGAUAUGAAUUUUUUGCUAAACGACAGUUGGUGACCCCCAUUUUUCAGCCCCCAAAUUACUGUGGCGAAUUUGAUAAUGCCCGGUGGAAUGAUGAGGUGUGGAUGAGGACGCUGGAUAUAUUGAAACCAUCUGAAAGAAAGCUAAGUACCAGUAUGGUGGGACUCAAUUCAGGACGCCCUGUCACUCCACCGCGCACAGCUAAUCCACCGAAGAAAAGGUGAAGACAAGGAGCUUGCCAGAGAACCCCUGAGAUUUGUUAAGGGACAUACUUCAUAAUGUUAAGUGUGCACUGUAAACAUGCAGCCAUUGACACCCUUUAUGAUGUCACACCUUUAACUUUAAGGAGACGGGGUAAAGGAUCUUACAUUUAUUUUCUGAUAGAUGUGCUACACUGUAUCGUAAUAAGUAUACUCUGUUAUAAUAUGCAGCAAAGUGAAACCCAAAUUCAAAAUGACCCAUUCAAGUGACAUUCUCCCGUAUCACAGUUUUCAAGUUGAGAAGCAUCCCAGUUAAACUCGAUGUGAUAGUUAAUGCAGAUGAAAGCAUGAUGAUCCAUCUCUGUACUGUGGUUUGUGUUUGCUUGGUUGUUUAAUUAUUUGGGGGCUUGUUUUGUUUUGUUUGUUUUGCUAGAAAAACAGCAAGUAUUUUUUUAAGGUUUUUUUUCGACAUGUUUAAAAAGUGAGCUGUGGCUUUAAAAACAUUCACUAUUUUCCCUGAUACUCUCAUGUACCCAAUUUUAUUAAGGAAACUGUCUCAUGAUGUUAGAAAGGAAUUUUAGGGAUUGAGAAAAGCUUUUUGAACGUGGAAACUUCAGUCUGGUGAUGUAAUCAAACAGUUUGGGCAAACUCUACAGCUGAUAGUCAAUAUGUUUGCUCUGUGCAGAAGUUGCCACUAAUUUUGGAUUUGUGCACUCUCAAGAUUUCACUUAUUGAUGUUCCAUUGUGCAGUAGCAUUCCAUUGAAGAGAAGGCUCAUCUAGUAUUACCCCAACUAGUUGGUAAUGUGAUUAUGUGGUACCUUGGCUUUAGGUUUGAAUUCGCACGAAACACCUUUUUGGCAUGCUUAACUUUCU